AUGUACCCCCAGCAUGUUGCGCCUAUGGCGCCCCCUCAGAAGCCAGAGACCUUUAUGCUCUCCAGCGAAGCCCAACAGAGUCUCCCGCAGGACGCGCAGGUGGCUCUCCAACAAGUCGAUAACUUGAAAUACUUCCUUCUCUCCGCCCCCGUCGACUGGCAACCCGAUCAGCUGAUUCGGCGCUUCCUGCUUCCCACCGGUGACUACGUCUCGUGUGUUCUCUGGAACAAUCUCUUCCACGUUUCAGGGACCGAUAUCGUCCGAUGCCUGGCAUUUCGAUUUCAGGCCUUUGGCCGGCCAGUGAAGAACUCGAAGAAAUUCGAAGAAGGGAUUUUCUCCGAUCUACGAAACCUCAAGGCCGGAACCGACGCCACCCUGGAGGAACCGAAAAGCCCGUUUCUCGACUUCCUGUACAAGAACAACUGUAUCCGGACGCAAAAGAAGCAAAAGGUCUUUUACUGGUACAGCGUCCCGCACGACCGGCUCUUCCUCGAUGCACUGGAGCGCGAUCUCAAGCGUGAGAAGAUGGGUCAAGAGGCCACCACCGUUGCCGUCAGCGAGCCGGCCCUCUCCUUUGAGUUCGACUCGUCGCAGUCUCUCUACGAGCAGCUCACCAAGGCCCAGCAGGCCAACUCAUCCUCCUUCUCCGCUGCUCACACAAGUACGACAUAUGGCCAAUCUGCCUCUCCCGUGGUUCGGACCGUUGACGCGAUGCCUCCUCCCCCGCAGAUGGCUCCCCCGACGAUGCCGAUCCUGACCGACGACCCCGUCGCUCACCAGGCCGCCUACGCCCAGAUCCCCAUGUCCAACACCCUCGUCCAGAGCAUCAUUAAACGCGAGCAGGACUACGGAGCCCUGCAGUACGACCGCAACGGCAUGCCCAUCGCCCGCAUCCACCAGCGCCACGCCUCCAUGCCCACCUUCAUCGAAUACUCGCCCGCCCCCUCCUUUGUCUCCUCCCAGUUUGAAGACUACAGCAACCGUGGCCUGUCCUUUGAACCGCUCACUCCCCCCCAACACUCCAUGCCCCUUGGUGCCGAACCCGCGUACAUCGCCAACGAAGAUACCGGUCUCUACACCGCCAUCCCCGAUGUCACUUCCGCCGGCGCCUUCAACCACCCCAUGAUGCCUCUGCCCCCGUCCAACUUCGCCAACGCCCAGUAUCCCCCAACCGCGCGAUCCUACCCGUCUAACGUUUAUUCCGUCGUCGAGGGCUCCCCAACCUAUAAGCAGCGCAGACGGCGGCCCUCUGUCCCCCCCGUGACAGCCAGCGGUCACCCCCUCCAACAACAACAUCUUCAACACAAUCUUCAUCAUCAUUAUCAUCAUCAUCAUCCUGGGUCAUCGAUUGGCCCCCCAUCCUCCCAACCAGUCGCCUACGCCGCUCACAGGCCCAGUGACCUGCGCCGGUCAAUGUCCACUUCGGUCGCCCCCGUGCCUGAGGCUGCCGAGGAACAAUUGCACGAAUCUUCCUCCCAGGUGAUGCUCCCCCUCACUUCGACCGCUCCUCCUACUCUUACUGCCACUACCAACACCACCACCACCACCACCACCACCACCGCUACUACCGCCGCCUCCAUCUAUCCGUCCGCCCUGCUGCCCCAGAAGGAUCUGAUCCAAGACAUGCCGCGCACGGACACCUCGCUCUCUCAUCUCGAGGAAGCGCCCGAACCAAACCACCCGCAGCAGCAGCAGCAGCAGCAGCAGCAGCACGCCUCGCACGGACAGGAUGAGCUAGCGGCCCUCCCCAACACCGAAACCCUCGAAGCCACCGUGCAGAACAGCACCGUCAGUCGCCCUGAUCGAUCGGCGCCAGGGCCGGUUCGCCGCGCGCGAAGCGCCACCAUGAUGGAACUGGGUCCAUAUCCGCAAAAGUCCCAUUCGUGCCCCAUUCCCUCCUGUGGCCGUCUCUUCAAGCGAUUAGAGCAUCUGAAACGGCACGUGAGGACCCAUACCCAGGAACGACCAUACCCUUGUCCAUACUGCAAUAAAGCGUUCUCGCGCUCGGACAACCUUGCCCAGCAUCGUCGCAUACACGAGGCCCAGCAUGAUGGGCAACCUCAGCUUCCCCCUCACGAGGAAGAGCAUGAAUACGGGUCGCCUGAAGAAGCUGUUUCACCAUCGGAUGGCAGCUACAUGCCCACCCAUGCCGACCCUCUGGCUUCGAUGCCAUCUGCGAUGAGCAUGCCCUCCACCAUGUCGACCAUGGUUGCUCCGCAUAUGGUUGCACCGCAGGUCUUGCAGCAGCAGAUCUAGGGCUGGCUGCUUUUCUCUUUUAGGAUAUAAAUUAAUCAUAUACUCUUUUUUUUUUUUUUUUUUCUCUCUCUUUUUUUCUUGACGAUCCUUUGGACCCCUUCCUUGGUCCUUUUUUGCGCAAUCCUUUCUGAAUUGGACACCCAGCGACGACAGCGUCUUCGGCUAUGGCAUUUCCUUCAAAGAGAUUUCUUUUUUCCUUUUCUCUUGUUUUUCGCCCUCACCCCCUUGAAUUCCUUCUGUUUCUAUCUAGCCUGUUAUCUUGGCCCUACUACCCCCUCCCCAUCGAAGGCCGGUUCUUGGUGCUUUUUCUCAUUCCUCUGCCACCUGAUUCCUAUCUCUCUCUCUCUCUCUCUCUUCUCUCCUUGGUCUUCUUUUACUUUCUUGUUGUGGACUAAUUAUAUCACGAUCUCCUGUCUGUAAUCUUGGUUGUCGUAUUUCCCCUCCCCUUCCCCCUC